AUGAGAUUUGCGUGGGUCUUUAUUGUGGUGAGUUAUUUGCGCAUCCAUAGUGUUUACUCUGAAGGAUCUUUAGGCGGUUUCUAUUCACUAUCUGAUAUUUAUGAGAUCACUUCAAAUAUAACACAAUACUCAGCACAAUAUCUAUCCUCUAAGACAAUAGACACUAAUACAGCAAUAGAGAGUGAUAAUCCUAUUGUCGCUAUUAGAUGGAUAUUUAAUAAGAAUAUUGACAGUCAAUACCAUAGAGCAAUCGUAAUUUCAGCUGAGCAAUAUACAUCACAGCCAUUAUCCACUUCUAUGGUCUUUUAUUUAUUAGAUUUAUUACGCGGAAGCAAUGAUACCAAAGUUAAUUAUUUAUCUGAGACCAAAGAAAUUUGGUUUUUACCUGCAUUAAACCCAGAUGCACUUAAAUAUGUAGGCUCAAUUUAUAAAACAGGCAGCAAUAUUAUAAGCAGAUAUAAAAAUGUCGAGGUAAAUAGCUGCGAAAAUUCUACAGAGCAGGGGACAAAUUUAAAUAGAAAUUAUGAUGCUGCUUGGGAAAUUAUUAAUCCUGGAUCAUCUACAGACCCUUGUAGUGAUAAUUAUAAAGGGGAAAAAGCGUUUUCUGCUAGGGAGACACAAGCAGUUAAAAGUUUCUUGGAGUCUGUGGCAGAUAGAUUGGAUUUGUGGAUUCAUUUUGAUGAUUAUGGAGACAAAUAUUAUUGUCCGUAUACUCAGAAAUAUGGAACUUCAGCCCAAUUUUUCCAAAAUACAAGCUGGGAAUAUAUAAUCAUAAUAAUAGCUAAAGCAAAAAGUGCUAUAAGUUUCAGCACUAUUUUUAAAAUAAUUGAUAUAUUAAUAUGUAUUUAGAUAAUUUUGAUUAGUUUAUUGAAAUAUACUUGAUGGGAUAAAAAAGCAAACAUCAUUAAUCCCUGCGUCAGUUGGUAGUUAUUAUGAAACAAACAACAGUACUCAAAAUGGUGCACUUAUUGAUUAUGUAUACACAUACACAAAUAAGAGUGCACUUGCUUUGGAAAUUGCUAUAGGUCCGAAAAAUCCAUCGGAAAGUAUUAUAAAAGACACUUUAGAAGCUCAUGUGCCAGCAAUUAUAGAUUUAAUGAUAAAUUCAGGCUAUUAUUUAGAGUAAAUUUUAUAUAGCUUGAAAUUCGAAAGAGUUAACUCUCAAGAUUGCACAGACGAUUUGACAGUGUGCAAAAAUGGAAUCGCCAAUAAGACAUGAGUAUUUGAGCUAUCAUUGAUAAAUCCUGGUAUACGUUGGGCACCGACUUCAAAAUUAACUUUAUCUUUUAACAUUUCUGGAACGAAUUCUUCUAUUGUUGUAGAGCCUGGGUUGUAUUCAGUAUUAAACCAAGAGCUUUUUUCUGAUGGCAGCAAUUCUUCCUACUCUAUCAACCAAACGUCUACUAACUCUUCAAUGAUUUUGGACUUAGAAUCCUUCCCUCCUUAUCAUUCAGCAUAUUUAAAACUUUGCCUCGAUCAAAUCAACCCUCCUUACUCAGACUCUAGCUCAAAUGUCACUAUUUCUUAUUCGAUUCAGCUAUCAGCCAAUUAUGGAGGAUAUUAUUAUUCAUUAGCAAGCCCUCUCAAUGGAAGUUUAUAUCUUAACUCAGAAAUAAAUUCAAAAAGCGAUAAUGAUGAAAGCAGCAGCAAUGACUCGCUAUCAGGAGGAGCAAUUGCUGGAAUCGUCAUAGGAAUUAUUGCUUUCUUCUUCCUUAUUAUAGGAGGGAUUUUCAUUUAUAAAAAAUUGAGAAAGCCAACAUUGUCUACUCAAUUAACUUUAGAUGGAAACUGCACAGCUUUAGAUGGUGGAAUAAGCAAGGAUCCUGACCAGAAAGGUGGCUUUACCCCAGUCCAAAUUUAG